CGGGCUGCAGGCUGCGUCAGCUUACCGAGAAGCAGCACCCUGCAGCUUCAAGCAGCAUCUGCGAGUAGCAGCAGCAGCAGCAGCAGCAGCAGCAGCAGCAGCAGCAGCAGCAGCAGCAGCAGCAGCAGCAGCAGCAGCGGCGGCACGCAGUCCGCAGCAAGCGGCAGCAGCGGCAGCACGCAGUCCGCAGCAAGCGGCAGCAUGCCGCGCGCAGCAGGCAGCAGCACCCUGCAGCGCCGGAGGCGACGAAGGUAUGGACCAACCCCUAGUCAGCUACAGCGCUGGGAUCAGUGCGUGCGAGAAGGGCGAGCAGUGGCAGCGGGCUCUGGCGCUGCUCCGCGAGCUGUGGGAGGCGAAGCUGCAGCCCAACCCUUUGGUCUGUUACAACGCUGGGGUCAGCGCGUGCGAGAAGGGCGAGCAGUGGCAGCGGGCUCUGGCGCUGCUCAGCGAGAUGUGGGAGGCGACGUUGGAGCCCAGCGUCUAGUCAGCUACAGCGCCGGGAUCAGCGCGUGCGAGAGAGGGAAGCAGUGGCAGCGGGCUCUGGCGCUGCUCAGCAAGAUGCAGGAGUCGAGGUUGGAGCCCAAUGUCAUCAGUUAUAGCGCUGGGAUCAGAGCGUGCGAGGUCAGCGAGUUGUGGACGAAGGCCCUGGACCUGCUCGAGUCGAUGUUGGGAGCCCGUGUGGACCCGCGUGGACCGUGCGAUAGGCUUGACGACGGCUGGUACGUGCACGACCUCGAGGCAGGUGGCCCCAAGGACGUCUUCAAGCACAUCGUUCUCGUGGCGUUGCUGCAGCAGAUGGUGGCGGUCGCAGAUCCCUUUACUUAUAUUGACAUGCACGCCGCCUCUGGUGUCUAUGACCUCAGUUCUGAGAAGACGCUCCAAUGCCGGAUGUUUGAAAGGGGUGUGCUCCGGCUGUCACACGCAGCUGACCGCAGCACCGGGGGUUUGGCUGAAAAUUACCUGGCCGCGGUGUGGAGGUGCAAUCAGGAUUUGGGCUCCUCCUCGAGCGUCCUGAGCCUCUACCCAGGGUCGCCUGCGCUGGCGUGGCAGUGGCUGAGGCCACAGGACACCGUCGUUCUGUUCGAGGCCGCCGCCGAGCCGUACGAGGCCCUGAGGCGGACUUUUUCCUUGCUGGACCAAGGGGUUGGUCGCCGCCUUUCGCUGCUGCACGACGACUCCUACAUGCGGCUCACCUUUGGGCCCUGGCCCUGGCUCAGCAGGCGGCAGCUGGUGCUCCUGGACCCGCCCUACGAUUCCAGGCAGUCCCACAACACAUGGAACGUGUUCGUCCUCAGGCGCCUGCUCCAGAUGUCGCCCUCCAGCUGCGUGGCCCUGUGGUACCCGCUGGGGGACCGGGAGAUGGUUGCGGGUCUGCACCGCCGUGUCCAGAGCCUCGGCGCGGGCAGCGUGCUCGUGGCUGAGAUGUGGCUCGAGGGCUCGUGGCCGCGCGGGGAUGCCCUGCAGGGAUCGGGGAUGCUGAUCGUGAACCCGCCUCCUGCCGUGCACGCGCAGCUCCUCGCGGCGCUGCCGGAGCUCCAGGGGGCGCUGCGGGCUUCGGGUUCCCGGGUGCUGUGGCUGUGAGGCUCCUCGGCCGGCCAGGCUGUGCCCCACGGGAUUUCACGUCGUCAAGCGUCGCAGCGACACUGCUCGUACACACAGCGCAAGCCAUGGCCGACGUGCAUGUGCAGAUGUCGCAGCCGAGGCUGUGGUCUCGCAGCAGUGGAUUCCUGUGCAAUCCCCGGACAAUAUCGAGGACGUGGCAGGCGUUUGUGCUGUUGGUGGCCUCACGCUCUUCACCAAUGUUGCAAAGUUCCGCGUGAAUGAAAGCGGGGCCCUCACCCAUAUGGACUUUCUCGAAGGUUACGCCUGGCGCUUCUACCGACCGCACGACGCAGGCCAUCGGUUCGCUCUCCUUACUGAGAUGGGUGCUCUGGAAGCACGCGCCCAACAUCUCAACACCACUCUUCAUUGCCCUACCAGGUGGUAGAGAUGAAGAGGUGGGUGGAUGGUCGGAAGCACUGGGUGAUGACACCAGCGUCAGCAGCCGUGAGUCCUGGGGGCGACACCACUGUCAGCAGCUCCGAGUCCUGGGGGCGAGCAGGGCGAGCAGCAGCAGCAGGUCUUGGCGCCACCCGGCGAGAUGCCGUGGGCGAAGCUGGCGCCCGACGUCAUCAGCUGCAACGCUGGGGUCGGCGCGCGUGGUAAAAGAGAGCACUGGCCGCGAGGCCUGUGGCUGCUCACCGAGAUGCGGCGGACAAAGUUGGAUCCAGACGCAACCAGCUACGGUCUUGCGAUCGUCGCUCUGCUGCGGACCAACGACACUGCUGCGAGGCAGGCAAGCAGUCCUCAGCGAGUUCUCUCGCUGCUCGCUGGGAUGCUCACGAUGACACUGCAACCUGACGCCAUCAGCCACUUUUUGCUUUGACCAGUGUCCUGCGAUAUCACGGGCUCGUAGACACGCAAGCCCAGGAUUCGAGCGGCUUUCACUUCGAUGCCCCUUUUCGGAAACUGGAAUCUAUACAUUACCAGUGGCGGGUUGUUUUUUCAAUCCCACGACUUUUUGAGGGUCGGGGACGACGUCGGGGUGGUGUGGUGUAUACCUUUCCCCCGUUUUCCAAGGGAAGCAACGAAACAUGUACACACCAGGAACCCGUUUACACCAGGAUCCGCGUUCGUUCCUGUGCGAGUUCCAGCG